AUGCUCCUAACUAUCUUGCUAUCAGCGUGUCUCGUGCUCUGUUCGCUGGCUGUGGACAAUCCACACAAGCGUGCACCCAAAAGGGUACACAAGACUCAUGCCUCGCAGAUCCGCCGGCCCCUCGUGAAGCGGCAAGAAUCGAGCUACUUAACACCACAAACUAAGAAAUUCGCGGUCAACGGCUCAGCAAUUCCUCUUGUGGACUUCGACAUUGGCGAGUCUUAUGCGGGAACGUUAUCGAUCGACCACAACAGCUCCAACCUCAACCAGCUCUAUUUCUGGUUCUUUCCAUCAAACAAUCCAGCUGCAUCCGACGAGAUAACCAUCUGGUUAAAUGGGGGACCUGGUUGCAGCUCCCUCGAUGGACUUCUGCAAGAGAACGGCCCUUUUCUCUGGCAAAGCGGCACCUACAAGCCGCAACCGAACCCAUUUACUUGGGUGAAUUUGACUAAUAUGGUCUAUGUGGACCAACCGAUUGGUACAGGCUUCUCUCCAGCAGCCCCAGGUGCCCCGGCAAAGAUCAGAAAUGAGGUCGACAUAGGUAGAGAUUUUGCGGGUUUCUGGCUGAAUUUCAUGAACACCUUCAACCUGACAGGCCGGAAGGUGUAUAUCACGGGCGAGUCAUACGCCGGUCAAUAUAUUCCCUACAUCGCCAGCUACAUGCUUGACCAGAACAACACAGACUACUUUAAUGUCAAAGGCAUUCAGAUCAACGAUCCAAGUAUCGGUUCGGAUGCUGUUCUCAUUCAAGCCCCUGCUGUAACGGCCCUCAAUAACUACCAGAACAUAUUUGCUCUUAAUCAAUCAUUCUUGCACGACAUCAAUUCCCGAGCGGAGCGGUGUGGCUAUUUCCAGUUUAUGGAAGAGGCAUUGACAUUUCCGCCGACGGGCAAAUUCACCGCCCCAAAUGACACAGCUCCAGGUUGCGACGUAUGGGACGAUAUCAUUGCCGCGGCAGUCUAUGUCAACCCUUGCCUGAAUUUGUAUCAUUUAACAGACUUCUGUCCGUUCUUAUCAGAUGAGCUUGGCUUCCCAUCCCUCGGCGUGGGCCCAAACAACUAUUUUAAUCGCAGCGACGUCCAAGCUGCAAUCAAUGCGCCACCGACUAACUAUGUAGUUUGCGGCGACGACUCACUCUUCCCCAACGGUGACGAGUCUCCACCCUCUAGCUUCACCGCCUUGCCAUCCGUCAUCGAACGUACCAACAACGUCCUGGUCGGCAGUGGCUUGCUCGACUUCCUUCUGCUGACGAACGGGACACUCAUGACCCUAAACAACAUGACCUGGAACGGCCGACAAGGCUUCUCCAAGGCACCGAGCGACUUAUUCUAUGUUCCAUACGAUCCAUCGCUCAAUUUUGUCCUCGCCGAGACCGAAAACCAGCCCAUUCCUGCAGUUCCUGUUGGUCUCGUUGCCGGCGGCGGUAUAAUGGGGACGACCCACACAGAAAGAGGGCUGACGUGGGUGACGGUGGAUCUUGCCGGUCACGAAAUCCCUCAGUAUACACCAGGGGCAGCAUAUAGACAGCUUGAGUUUCUGCUCGGUCGGAUCAGUAACCUGACGGAAAUAGGCUUGUUCACCACUCAGCAAGCGAGUAACGGCAGCACUGCCUCUCUAUAG